UUCAUACUGAAGAAACCUAAGCGCGCGACACAUCUAUUCACACAUGCUCGGAGAAGAAACCACAAUGCCACCGUCGUACAAGUAGCAGGCUGAAUGGAAAAUUGUUAUAUUAUGCACUACGUUUGUUGAACACAAGUGCGUAAAGACCAACGGAUGGAGAACUAUUACAUUUUGUGGAACGCUGUAGCUGGAGGAAACUUCCAUGCGUUCGGUCUGAUCGCCGGUUCCUCUGAGAGGGAAUGAGACGAGUGAGGUCGUGAAAGUUAGACCGAGGGAAAAUGUCGGCGACACAUGCCUCACCUUUGUCCAACAAAACCAACCAAUAUGAGGACGUGGAAGCGGUCGAGGGCAACUGGCAGCUUAUCUUUGGUUUAUCCUUCGCCAUCGCCACUGUAACUUGCUUGGGAGGUUUGUACUCGCUUAUGUCGCUGCUCAGGAUGAGAAGCAAGUCUUCCCUUUGUCUGAUAGUGGCUUCUUUAUCAAUAGACGACCUGAUCAGCGUCGUUCCGCUCACGCUCUUCAUGAUCUUGCAAUGGAGGAGCGGAGAUGCGAACCGGUCGGGCGCAAUGUGCACUCUUUCUGGUCUCCUUUACGUUUUUCAAGGGUUGUCAAGCAAUAUGAAAGCCUGUCUCAUAGUUGCCUACACUUUUUACGUGACAAAACGCUUUGGAGUGUAUCAGACGGCUAACCGACCUCUCGGGGUGUUUGUGGCUGUGGUGGCGGUGUGGACUGUGAGUCUCGCGGUCAGCGUACUGCCCGUGUGUGGCUGGGGUCGCUUCGCCCCCGCUUCUCUCGGCUGUCUCCCGGAGAACGACAGCCUGUACGUGCUACUGCUGUUCGCCAUUUACUCACUGUGUUUCUGUGGGCUGGUAGUUUGCUCUAUUCCUCUCAUAUACCAGCUCAUGUGCUCCACGGAGGCCCUGAGAACAAUUUACCCGAGCUAUUUUGAAAUUGCCGGGUCGGCUCCACUGUGUGAGAUCCCCUCUCUGUCACGGGAUAGCUUGGAGAAAAGUUUGGGAGCUUACAACGAAUUCAACUCAAACCCUGACAGUUUUAAGAACAAAACGGAGACGUAUUCGUUCUCAUACUCUCCAGCAACCGGUCAUUUCCAGAAAGAUGAAGCUCAUAGUUCACGACAUUCCCCUGUGUUUUUCUCUCAGAAGCGCUUCUCGAUGAUUCUGGCCAUGGCACGAAUUAUUCUGUGGAUGCCAAUGAUGACCCAAAUCCUGGUGAGUCAUGCUGUUGAUAUGCACAGCUCGUCCUUGGAGACUCUCUGUUUUUUCCUGACCUUGCUCUCAGCGGCGGUCACUCCUGUGUUCAUGCUUUCUGAGCGCUGGAUCCAUCUGCCGUGUGGCUGCUUCAUCAACUGCCGUCAAAGCUUAGGAUCAGAGGUUUCCAACGCUAAAAAAAGGAAAUUUGAAUUCAACCUCUCAUUCCAGCAAGGCUAUGACAUUUACAAGAUCUCCCACAUCAAGACACCUUCCUUUGAGAAACCAUCUUUUAACAGUUUAUACAGCUGCGAUUUCUCUGAGAGCAGAGUGGCAGUGCUGGACAGUGGUCAGAUCGGUAAGUUCAGCACCACGGCAGUGGAGGACAGCUCCCUCCACAGCGAGCUGCUGCUUGAAGAGAGAGCAGACAGCCAGCCUCAGAGCUCCACAGAAAGAGACGGACCAUGCAGUGUCUCCCCUCAUGUCUCUACCUGCGUUUGUGAGGAUCUUCACCUCGACAACUCAUCUGUAUUCGAUGGUCCUGAGAGGAGGCUGUCCCAUGAGGAGUGUCGUAAAAUCGAGCUGUCUGACUGGGAGUGGUGCAGGAGUAAAUCAGAAAGGACACCCAGACAGAGAUCCACAGCUGGGUUAGCCAUUCCAUUAUGUGCCUUCCAGGGCACCGUUUCCCUCCAUGCCCCCACAGGAAAAACACUGUCCCUCUCCACCUAUGAAGUCAGCAGCGAUGGCCUGAAGAUCUCCCCAAACAAUGCCAAGAAAGUUGAGGUGUACCGCUCCAAAUCGGUGGGUCAUGAACCUAGCGCUGAAGAGCGUAACUCAAGCACUGGGGGUGGUGGAGUUGGAGUAGGGUGCGGAGUCGCAGACACCAACGUAAAAAUUCACCUGGAGGUUCUGGAGAUCUGCGACAAUGAGGAGGCCAUGGACAGUGUGUCUAUUGUCUCCAAUAUCAGCCAAUCAUCCACACACGCACGCUCACCUUCACUACGCUACUCUCGUCGCGAGAACCGCUUUGUCUCGUGUGACCUAGGUGAAACAGCCUCAUACUCGCUGCUGAUCCCUACAAGUAACCCGGAUGCGGACAACAUUAACAUCCACAUUCCAGAUACAGUGGAAGCACACAGACAGAACAGCCGAAGACAGCACCAGGAGGCUGGAGGUUACCAGGAAGAGAUACAGCUGCUUAAUGAAGCCUAUAGGAGGCAGGCAGGUGAUCAGGGGAACUGAAGUAACCAGAAACACCAGGAUAGGCCAACUGGCUAAGAAAUCCUUAGGAAGAAGUGUAGAAGGUUUGGAUGAAAUAUUAUGAUGAAGGCUCAUAGUGUUGUAAGGUCAAGGUAGAUUAAAGCACCCAGACUCAAAAGUAUUAUCAUCUAAGCACAACUAGAGUUAGCAGCGAUCAGUCGCAAUGUGAAAAUCAAUGAGAGAUAUUAGUGUGCUAAACUGUUUGUUUUAGUAAGCAAUUGUGGGAUUAAAAUGAUGCAUGAUGAGAUGUAAAUGGCUUUAGAAUUAAAAUUCAAGGUUAGCAUGCCAUAAGGAAGAGCUGGAGGUUUGGAAAGGAAAGUGAUUUAUUUUAUAACAUGCAACUAAAAUGUGAUCAGAGAGGCAACAAAUCUCAUGAUGAGACAAAGUGUUGGUUUGUUUGGAUUUGCCCUUGAUUUCAAGCCUCUAGAAUGAUAGAUUGGGGGUUACUGCAGUAAUGUCUACUCUCAGAUGUCUUACUUUGAAUGAAGCUCCGGAGAAUAAAGCUGAAACACUUGAGUGGAUGAAAGUGACGUAUAUGCUGAAAUGAAGGUUAUUGGGUACAAAGUAGGAAGAAUGGACUUAACUCGCUUCUCAGAUAUUCUGUCAUAUAUUGAAUGCAAAUGUAAGUGCAUAGACUGAAAAGCUUCAGAAGAGAGCUCAAUAGAGAAGGAUAAAUACUGUCACGAGCACUGUAUGUGCAUUUGUGGUGAGACCGACAACGAACAGGAUUGCGAGGGCGUGUGUACAAGGAAAAUAAAUAAAUAAAAUAAAUACAUUUUAGUAUUCCAGCUCAGGCAGAAACCAUAUGGCAUACUGAAAUAAAUCAUUCCAAAUGUGUACAUUGCAUUUUUUUUUUUUUAGGUUGCUCUGCAUAAAAUAGUCAAGGUGUAUCCCUGACUGUGUCUCAAAUGUAUGUGUGACUUUAAAGGAAUGUUCUGGGUUAAGCAAAAGUUAACUUGCACUUGUGGUACAAUUUUGAUUUUGCCCUCCCAUUCAUUUUAAAAAAGCAGACAUCAUGAUAACAGAGAGAUAAAAAAAGAGUAUAUAUAUUUACUCAUGUUAUGUAUAUAUUAUACUCAUGUAAAUGUAAAAAUGUAUAUGUAAAAAAUAAUCAAACAAAAAGUAAACCAUGUGAUCAAAAACACAGACAAAUCUAUUUUGUGUAAAUUUCACUGUAAAGAAUUUUUGUAAUUUUUCACAAAGCUAAAAUACCACACACAGUUUCUGCCAAUCUCGUGUUGAUCUCGUGUACCUGUAGAGUAUGUAACGCUUCGGGUCGUGACCGCAUCACAUUCUCGGGUCUGCUUUCUUUUUCUAAUGCAUUUUGAUUGCAUUCUAAUGCAGUUAUUAAUUAAGUUUUUAGAAAGUGAGUGAGAGAGACAGAGACAUACAGUGAAAGAGAAAGAGAGAGAGAGCUUGUGUGAAUUAGGCUAAAUCUGUGCGUCUCUAAACAGCAACAGUUAUUACCUCGCUAGUGAGAAGUGUUGUGUAACCUUUAAGUUGCUACACUAUAUAGGCUAACUGAUAAAAUCAUCAGCACAGUGCUAGAUCAGCCAGUGUGCAUGCACAGUCCUGAGCGCACAUAUCAGAGCACUGACUGUUUCUAUAGCAACCGGGACUUCUAACGGCAGCUACAGUGACCAGCUGACUUUACCGAUUAGAGAUUGGCUUUUCAUUCAGAAGGCGGGGCUUCCUGUGAUUGAGCGGCCAUAUCGAGCAUUGCAUUUUUGCCCUUUCAAGACGACAACAAAAGUGACAUGUCUUGGGUAUUCUAUAUAGUCUUUAGUUAUUACAUAAUUAUCCAAAGUGAUAUGGAACUGUAAUGCGGUCAAGAGAGCUGACUGGAACUACGUUUGCCGUACCCCUAAAAAUAAUUGCACGCCUCAGAAUGUUCAUCAGCCGAGCAUUUAACAGCCCCGUAGUAUAAUACUGCAUUCUUCAUAUCUUUGAAGAGUCUUUAGUUUUGUAAGAUUUUUAAAAAGACAGAUACAGAUAUACUGCUUCUCAAUCAAGCAGUCCGGAUCCUGAGGUAGAGCCCUGCACGGGCCCCAUAUUUAGGCCUGAGCCCUGCCCCGAACCAUGAUGCUCAGGCCCGAGCUGUGCCCGACAGCUUAUCAGAAUGACCAGCCCGAGCCCGCUCUUUCUCCCAAAACUGCUAAUACUACUGUUUCAGCUAUUAAAAAUAGUUCAGUUUUGCAUGUAAUAGCAAAGUGAUUAUAUUUAGUUUCGUUUUUUUUAUCAAGUUAAUUUUCGAAAAGUUAUUUUUUCUUGUUCGUUAAAUAUAAGUUUUUGUUUUUUAAAGUAAUGACCAAGUAGCCAGCGGCAGACAGUAAGCUGAUCAUAUGUUUGAUCAAUUUAGCCUUCUCAAAUCAUCACAACUUGCCUAAAAUAAAAUCUAUACAUAUACUAAAACAGUUAAUGUAUAACAAUGUUCAAAGUUGAACCUAGAUAAAUGUGCGCUAUAUCCAAUAGUUUGUGAGGCGCUUUGCAGGACAUGGAGUCACCAGCAUUAUCACUUUGCAUGUUUUCCGUGGAUACACCGUCAUUUUUGCUCAUAAGGAAAGAGAAAUUCAUCAGUCAUAACUGUAAAGGGUCUACUUUCAUUUUAGUUCACUCACAAUGUCAACAAAAGGUUGUGCUUUUAUAAAAUAAAGAAAACAAACAUAAUGUGCUUUUUGCCGUCUGGUCUUGAAUAGGAGCGCUUCACAAAAAUAAACUGAAACUCAGUGAAAAUAUGCAUCAUGGACACAUAUAUAUGUCUAUAGAAAGCUUUAAAUUACUACUUAAUGAAAUAAAACAUAUCGAAAACAAAAACUAUUUUAUUAUAAUCCCAUAUAGAUGCAUUUCUUAAAGGCGUGUCUAAUGAGGAGAUAGCGAGUACUGCACAUGACCAAUUGGCUCGUUGUUUGUCAUGGUAAUCAAAUCAAAUCUCUUUCAAAAUGCAGCUUUUCCUGAAGCAUUGGGAACUUUUAAUAACUCCCCACACUCCAACUUCUCCCUGAUGCUCUGCAUGGUUAACUGUCACCUAUAUUCUAAUGCGUGUGUAUAUGCGUUGCGUAUUGCAUUGACGAUGUAUAAUAUUUAUAAUAGCCUAUAAUCAUUAUAACAGUAUUUCAUAAGGUAGCCUAUGUGUGCUUUGCAUGUAAAUGGGUACAAUAAAAGGAGCGAGCUAAAUCAGCUCUAGCCCGAUCUGUAAAAAAAAAAAAAGAAUGGCCCGAGCCUGGUCCAAAUGGACUCGACGGGCUUGCAGACCUCUAUUCUGAGGGCGUGCCGUGGGUGGAGCUAAAGAGUCACAAGCAUGCAAAGCAUUUGAAGCAAUCAUCUGCAAAGCAGUGACAUCAACAUAAACGUAACAGGAAUAAAAACUUAAUUGACUUUAAUAUGGCUAAAAAUCAGAUCCAGACCUUUGUGAUGUCAUACAGGGCCAAAAAACUAUAUGAAACUUAUACAAAACCUGAAUUGUGUCUUUGGCAUAUAAAUACGUCCAGCUCGUUUUUUUGAGACGUUGGUCAUGUUUAGCAUGAGAAUCCAACUCUGCACUGUAAAUAAGUCAGAACACAUGAAAUAGUAUUAGACAUCCCCUUUAAAGAAAACUAGGGAAAAAGUUCUAAUUAAUUAUUCAACAUGCCACAAAUGCUGUUGAUUACUUGCAUUAGGCCCAGAAUAUUCCUUUAAUUGUAAUCUUAGUAUGGAUAUGUAAAUGCUGUAUAUAUGCUUGCUUCUGUAUGUGGGUAUUUCUACAUCUUUUUUGUUGUACUAAAGCCCUAAACUUGUGUUCUUUUUUAUAUGCAUUCCCAACAUGACUGCUGAGAAAAAGCAAAAGAGAUUCUGUCAAUGAAACAUUCCACAAAUGUACACUUGAGCGUGAUGCAUGAGCCUAUUUUAGGUUAUAAUUUGUGUGCAAAUGUGCUAAUUUUUGAGCCACUUAGGAAUUUUCAGCGCACUGCUUCUGCAAUCAGAAACAUGAUCCUGGCCACUCGCUUGCAUUUAAUAGUGGCAUAUAUUCAGCUCUCAAAUGGACCAUUCAUGGACGAUUCAGUGGAAUUUUGAUUUGAGCUCUGCUGUAUCAGUAUGUGAAUAUGAAUACUCGAAUAUGAGUAUUUAAAAGUGUGAAUAUUAAUUGCGAAAGCCAUUCGUGGAGGCUCAUGUAGCUCAAAUAACUCUAAUAUCUAAUAUUUUACUGUAGAUAUAAUUUCUUGUCAUUUUGAAAUGUCCAAUGUCUUUCUGAGUGUUUAUCUAUGUGUUAUGUAUUUAGAAUAGCAGAUUAUUUGUCUUAGCCUUGUGUUUUCAAGCAGCAAAAUAGCUAAGGCAUAAUGCUA